UGGAGCCGAGUUAGAACCUUUUCCAUCGCAUUUUUUUUUUUUUUUAAUUUAUAAGUAAUUUAUUUAGAUUUUUUUUUUCACCAUACCCUGUACCCUGUGUGUGUUGUGCGCUUUUUCCAGACUGGACCAUCGUUUUUCAGAGUCGCAUUUACAGUUAAAUCGUCGCAUUAUUUGUUCCAGCUCAGAGGAGCCAUGUGGUGCAGACUGUCUGUGCUGCUCUUCUGCUGGGCUGUGAGUGGAGUCAAAGCUGUGGAGGUGAACACCAGCACGGCUCCUCCACUGGUGAAGAUGCUGCAGCCCACCGUUAUAAACACCACUGUGGGUUCGGACACCACCGAGCCCCUGGAAGAUGAGGUGGACAACCAGGAGAACAUCAUCAGCCAGUUGCUGGGUGAUUACGAUAAAGUCAGGACUGUGUCAUCAGGGUCGGACUGUGUGUGCCGGUGUAUUGUUCGACCAAUCAAACGAUCAGACUGCAGCCGUUUCCAUGACAGCAGCACAGCAGCUUCUUCCCGGGACUUCUACACUGUAGAGACAGUAACCACAGGGACAGACUGCAAGAAGUGUGAGUGCAUGGCUCCACCUUCAGCCGUAAACCCCUGUGAGGGAGAGUACAGAUUUAAAAAACUACAGGAGGCCACCAAGGAUGACAUUAAGUUUGCGACUAUUAUUGAUUUGUUGGAGGGGUCUCUGUAUGGGAUGGACUUGUUAAAGCUCCACUCUGUCACCACCAAGCUGCUGACCAGAGUAGAGAACAUAGAGAAGGCUUUUGCAGGUAAUUUUACUGAAAAAACAAGAGAGAAAGAACGUGCAAAGGAAAGAGCAAAAGAAAAAGAGAAGGAGAAGAAAACUCAGCAGAAAAAGAAGAAAGUAAAUGAUCUAGAGCGUAUUGGACUGAAAAGUGGAGCAGCUAGUGCCAACAAGCAGAAAAACUAUGAAGAACGUUAUCAAGGAGAUCAGAUGAAGAAGAGCCAACUUCAAGAUGACCUGGAGCAACAAAAGUCCAUCAAAAAUAAGACAGGGACUCAAAAGCCUGUCAAAGACAAAAACAGCGUGGUGAUAAGAGGCGUAACUUUUUAUAAGGCUGAGGAGGGGAGUUACGUGGAGGAGGAGGUGGACAACAGAGGAAGAGGAGAGAAUAUGACUCUAACAGCAGGUGUUUCGGUGGACUUACUGAUCUCUGACCAGCUCCCACCUACCAGCCCUUACCCUAUACAGAUUCCUGAACUUGCCAUGACUGCAAAACCAGUCACCAAGGACCAAUCAAAAACUCUGAACAAGGAUACCCAGCAACCACUGUUUCCAACACUUGACAUCGACAUCCUGCCAACCACAGCUACAACCAAACCAGCUCCCACAACCGUCAGACUCACAACAAGACCAACCUCCAACAUUGAGCCAACAACUCCAAAACUAGUGACAACCAAGCUGGCAUCUACUUUCCAAGAAACUGCGACAACCACAGCCCCUUUCCCUCAACAUAAAACAGCACCUUCAGAUACCAGUACUGGAAAACCAGUUGAAGCGUCUCCAACAGAGUCUCAGUCAGGACCCAAAAGUCAGAUUAGUUGGACAGAAAGCCCCGCUGACCAGCCAAAGACCACCAAAAAGCCUGGUUUGUGUAAGGACACAGUAGCUAGCAUCUCUGAACCCGUGCAGUACAACUCCUAUGGCUUAAGUGAUGGAGCCUGGAUGAGGGAUGCUCGUGGCCAUGGCAGCGUUAUCUACCUCACUAAUGGUCACUAUGGCAGCAACCUUCUGGAGUACAGAGACAUGGACAGCUUUAAAUCAGGACAGGCGAGUAAUUCAUACAAACUGCCCUACAGUUUCACCGGGACAGGCCAUGUUGUGUUUAAUGGAGCUUUCUACUACAACCGUGCCUUCAGCAGGGACAUUAUCAGAUAUGACCUAAGGCACCGAUAUGUAGGCGCCUGGACCACACUCCAUGAUGCUUUACUGGAGGAGCAAGCUCACAGGACACAAACUGAAGUGGAGUUUGCUGUUGAUGAGUCCGGCCUAUGGCUUUUGUAUCCUGCUCUGGACACUGAGGGCUUCCACCAAGAAGUAAUUCUGCUCAUCCAGCUCCGCCCACGGGACUUGCAACCAAUCAGGAGCUUCCGUACUGGUCUCCGGCGGGGUCGCUAUGGGAACACCUUCCUUGUUUGCGGGGUGCUUUAUGCUGUGGAUAGUAUGGAUCGUCGUUUUGCCAAUGUGACGUAUGCCUUUGACACACACACGUUUACACACACUAUGCCGAGCUUGGCCUUCACAAACCUGCACUCACACACUUCACAGGUGUCGUACUGCCCACUGGACAAAAAACUGUACGCAUGGGACAACGGGCAUCAGAUGAUGUAUGAUGUUGUCUUUGCUUAUUAGUUUAAUGACUGGACACAUGGAGAAAAUGAAAGAAACAAAUUCACAGACGUCAGGAAAAAAAUAAAAUAUUAAGCAAAUGUUUUAUGAAGCUUUUCUUUUGUAAGACUGUGGAUCAGUCGAGUGGGAUGUCUUUCAGUUUUGACCUCAGUUGCUGCUCUGCCACAGUGAUGGCAGUUUGACCCAGUCACAGCAGCUCACAAGUUAAAGCCAAAUGUCACAAGUUCCGACAAGGACAAAACCACAGGUCAUGUUUGACAAAGUAAACGUGUAAAUAUGUUACUCUGCCUCUGUUCAGACGCUGCAUCAGUGCCUUUCCUGCGAUACCUGAACACAAGGGUCCAGCUGUAAUUAUAUCUGUUCACACCUGACCUCAUAGAGCAUCACCACAUUUGUCUUGAGUGAUCACUUUUAAUCAGUGAUUGGAUCUGAAAUUUUCAGUAGAUGUGCAAAUUCAGAACCUUAUCUGUAGCAUAAAAAAUGACACAUUCAUUUCAAGUUGAUUUACAUCAAGGAAUAGACCUCACAUUUUCAAGAGGACAACUUUGAUUGUUUUAGGGUUUGGUUUUUUUGUGUUUUAUUUUGCUUGGCAUACAUUUGGUUGAAUCUUCAGGCACUUAAAAAUGCUUCAGAAUUUUGAGUGGAUUGUAUCUGUAGAUAUUCUAUUUACUCAUGAAGUAAGGGUGAACUCAUUGUCAUUCAGGCGAACUCAGGCAGCACAUCCAUGAACCACUUUAUUAAACUUUAAAAUACUUCGGGGUAAUGCUGUUGGCAUGUUAGUCUGCGCCCUGAGUGACUGGAUAGAAAUGCAUCCAGAGUGUGUUUAGAACUAACAUUUAAGUUGUCUGCUGGUGAUUAGAUUUGGCAGGAUGGAAGUUUAUCUGAACAGGGCCUCUGUUCCCCUAUGUGAAUGUGUUCUUCAGAUUACAGAAGAGUUGCAUACUCCUGUUUUUCAUCAUAUGGCGAUCCACUUCUAUAUGUGCCCAUGAAUGGCUCAAGAAGCUCCCAUAAUUACCUUGUCUACGCAUUAGAAACACCAUGGUUAGACGAGUGCAACAAAUUUCAAGAUCUGAAUCUCUUGAAGUGUAACUGAGGAAAAGCAAGAAGGAAGGUCAUCAAAUGAACAGCUGGUUGCAUUUUUGCCAACAGCAAAUGUAGGGAAUUUAUUUACCAACCCUUCGUCUGACUGACUAUAUUUUCUUUGAGGUUUGGUAGAAAUGUUGUCUGAUUUCUGCCAAAAACAUGUGACUACAAAUAGUAAUCAGUGGUUCUUUUUCCUCAGCUCUGUGUUUUAUCAUGAAUAUUGAUUACUGUGCAAGUUUUUCAGCAAAAACCCACUGCUCACUGCUUAGUUUAGUCAUAAGUCUCCAUUAAGAUACCGUUUUUAAUAAUCAUGUAAAGUGGGAAUGAUCUAAGCAGAAUUUGCAGUUAUUCAGUUAGGUCAAUUUAACGCUUAACGAUUUAACAACAAUUUGAUGAUAUUUUACCCAAACAACUAAAAUUUCAAACUAGUGUGACAAAGCCUUGUCUGAAAUGGAACAUGCAGACUGAUGAAGUAACCAUGAGGCUGCAUUAACAGACUGAUACAGACACUUAGUAUAAACAUGCAUUUUUUGUGAUCUGAUCAGAGGUGGACAGCACAUCCAUUCACAUCUGGCAUAAGACGCAUCCACAUGGUGUUUGAAUUACCUGUGGUCAGAUUUUAAUUCUGUUUCAUAUGGAAAUAAACAUUACAUUGUUUUCAUUUGCAAAGACCAAUGUCUUGUGCUUUAAAAGGAGAAAUCAAUACAGAUAUUGUUUGGUGUGCUCCAGGAAAACUAAAUAACACAAGAUGUUUGAUGCACUAGUAAUGUUUGGAUAUGGACAAAGUCAGCUUUUGAUUUUAUGGUUUUAGUAUGAUGUCGUUAGUAGGGCUGGGUAUAAUGGCCAAUCUCCUUAAUCGAUUCGAUUUCGAUUCAUAAGGUUCUGAAUCGAUUAAUUGCUAUUCGAUUCGAUUUGAUUCGAUUCAGUAUUAAUUGAUUGAUUCAGAUUCAUUUAGUGAUACCAAAGUACAAUUUUGA